AGCCACUGAUUCCACUAGAGGGAGCGAGCUUGCAGAGGUACCGUAUAGUUGUUCGCGAACUUUCGGUUCACAUUUGCUAGAGUUUUCUGUUUUCGCAAGUUGUUGGUCAUUUCUGCACCCAUCUGAGUCGACUCCAGCACUAGGGGCAUUCGUUAGGAGCAGCAACAACAUAAAAAGGCCAGCAUGCUGGUGGUUUGGAGGUGCUGCCUUUCACCGGCAGCUGUGAGGGCAUCUGCGAAGACUUUCGCAGCAGGGCCAGCAUCUUCACGAUGGCCUACGAUGACCCAGAAGACUCUGAACAUGUCAACACGAUCUCGGCCGGCCCGCUUUCAGGCUGCCACAGCCAAGAGGCGCACACUACGCGAGAUAGUCAUGGCCCCCGCUGGUGAUACAGCAUUCAGCGUGGGGAAGGGUGUUCUGGCAGGAGCAUCGGCCUUUGGGCUGGGAGCCCUCUGCUACUAUGGGCUCGGCAUGUCGAGUGAAGCAGGAGCCUUUGAAAGAUCCAUGGUAUGGCCAGAGUAUGUGCGGCAGAGGGUGCGCGAUACCUACACCUACUUUGGAGGAAGCAUUGUCAUCACAGCAGCUUCUGCAUUGGCUGUGAGCCGGAACGCUGCCAUGAUGAACCUGAUGAUGCGCAGCUCGUGGCUGGCCAUAGGGGCAAGCUUUGCAGCCAUGAUUGGCACAGGCAUGGUGGCCCGCUCGCUGCCCUACAGAGAAGGACUGGGGGCAAAACAGGCUGCCUGGGCCUUGCACUGUGGCGUCAUGGGUGCCCUCGUGGCCCCCCUCUGCCUCUUGGGCGGGCCUAUAAUGAUGAGAGCCGCAUGUUACACUGCUGGCGUGGUGUCAGGCCUGUCCACGGUGGCUGCCUGUGCCCCGAGUGAGAAAUUCCUCAACAUGGGUGGGCCCCUUGCCAUCGGACUGGGAUUUGUUUUCGCCUCCUCUCUUGGCUCAAUGUUCCUGCCUCCCACCACAGUCCUGGGUGCUGGCCUUUACUCGCUGAGCAUGUACGGUGGCUUGGUGUUGUUUGGCGGCUUCCUUCUCUACGACACGCAGCGCAUUGUCAAGAUGGCCGAGACAUACCCCUUGUAUGCUGCACAGCCCUACGACCCAGUCAAUGCCUCCAUCUCCAUUUACAUGGACACACUGAACAUUUUCAUCAGGAUUGCCAUGCUGCUGGCUGGUGGUGGUUCACGGAGAAAGUGAAACAGCAAGAUUUAAAUGAUGGCUGUAAGCACACAUGAAGUAGCAAAAUUCUGUGCACUUGAAGAAAGAAGGUAUGUUGUGUGAAAUAAAUCCCUCUGCAAUGUCUCCAAUAUAGUCUCAAGCAGCAGGUUGCAAUAAAACAACAGGUAACCAUGUUCA